AUGCCUCAAUGCGAAACACCUGGUCGUGUUUUGUCAGUUUUAAUUCACGAUAAAUAUUCGAAACGUUUUCUUGGUAUUAUUCAACUGACAACUGAUCUAUUGAAAAGUCAAUUUAAAGACGAUUUUAUUGGUUUGGAUGAGAAAAAACGGGGUCAAUUGAAGCAAUACAUUCGUAAUCAUUCGGCUAAUUUGUCGAUUUGUGUUCCUGUACAACCAUUUGGAUUUGAUUUUUGUGGUGGAAAAUUAUUAGCUAUGCUCGCGUUCUCCUUAGAGCUUCACCAGAUGUAUGAAAUGAGAUAUUUGAAUUCUUUGGCCUUGAUCACCACAACAUCGAUUCAUGGAAAAUCCGUUCAAUAUGAUCGACUUAAGCAAUUGAAAUUUAUUGGCUAUACUCAAGGAUAUGGAACCAGUCAUAUUCCAAUGUCCUUUAUGAACAAAGUAUAUCGUUUUUUAGAAGAAAAUUAUCCAAAAUUCAAUGUUCGAAAACAAUCGAAAUGGCAAUCAUUACGAUUUCUAGCGCAACAAUUACAUAUUGAUAGUAAUCAACUUUUCUAUCACGGUGAUCAACGUGGAAUUUAUUGUGGCUGGACUGGUAGUAACGCCAGAGAUUUUCUUCUAAAAAAGAAUGCAAAUUAUGACAGAGAUAAACUUCAAUCAGUCGAAACAAUAACUCAAUUCUGGAAAGAAAGAUGGGCCAAACAACGUGCAGCUCAUUUGAAAAAACAGAACACAUGA